UACAGAAAUAUGUCAUCCAGCGGGAAGAAAAAACAAUUAGUUUCCGUUGAGGAAUCCAGGCGUUUUAUGAUCGACUGUUUUAAGGCGGUAAAUGUUCCUCAAGAUCAUGCUGAACAAAUGGCAGAACUACUUGUUGCGGCUGACUAUCGCGGUCAUUUCAGCCAUGGCAUGAAUCGUUUGGAAAUGUAUUUAAAUGAUUUGUCCAUUAAUUCUACGGAUGGCAGUGCUGUUCCCAAAAUUUUGAAAGAAACUCCCGCUACUGCCUGGGUCGAUGGUUGCAACGGAUUGGGCGCUGUGGUAGGCAACUUUUGUAUGGAUUUGGCUAUUAAGAAAGCAAAACAGGUAGGUGUUGGCUGGGUCUGUGCUAAAGGUUCCAAUCACUACGGUAUUGCUGGGUGGUAUCCCAUGAGGGCCAUGAAAGAGGGAUUAGUUGGCAUGUCCAUGACAAAUACUUCACCUUUGAUGGCUCCAACACGUUCAAAAGAAGCUGCCUUGGGCACCAAUCCAUUGUCUUUGGGAGUACCUGCCAAGGAUGAUAAAUUCUUAUUGGAUAUGGCUACAACGGCUGUCGCUGUAGGCAAAAUCGAAAUACAACGUCGUAAAGGAGCUCCAUUACCCGAUGGAUGGGCUCAAGAUCCUGAAGGUAGAGUGACCAAUGACGCUGAUUUGGCUUUCCAAACUGGUUGUUUGAUGCCAUUAGGCGGCCCAGAAAUUAAUUCCGGCUAUAAAGGCUAUGGUCUUGGUGGUUUAGUCGAUAUUUUAUCAGGGGUAAUGGCUGGGGCUAAUUAUUCCACAAAAGUUCGUAAAUGGACUCAUACCGGCGCAAAUACUGCUGCAGAUCUUGGACAGGUAUUCAUCGCCGUAGAUCCCAAUUGCUUUGCACCCAACUUUGAAGACAGAAUGUGUGAUUUCAAUGCCAGAUUACGUAGUUGCACACCUACUGACCCUGAGAAGCCCGUGCUUGUUGCUGGCGAUAAAGAGACAAUGAACAUGAAGUCUGUGGAUGAAGCUGGAGGUAUUGAGUACUUGCCAAAUCAACUAAAAACAUGUGAAGCUCUAUCUCAACGUUUUAACGUAAAGCCUAUCAGCUUUAUUUGA